ACUGGAGACCUGCCCGCCGCCGGCCCCGCCCUCCAAACCCCGCGCCCAGAGCCCCGAGCCCCAGCCUGGCCGCGCCUCCAGCGCCACUCAGAGUGCACGCAGCCAUGGCCAGAGCCCCCACGCUGGCCCUGCUCCUGCUCGGGCAGCUCCUGGCCAGGACCGAGGCGCAGAAAGUGGGACCGCGAGGUCCUCCUGGUCCCCAAGGGCCACCUGGGAAGCCGGGCAAAGAUGGCGUUGAUGGCGAAGCUGGUCCUCCGGGUCUGCCUGGGCCCCCGGGACCGAAAGGGGCUGCCGGGAAGCCGGGGAAACCAGGAGAGGCUGGGCUGCCGGGGCUGCCUGGCGUGGAUGGUCUGACUGGUAGGGAAGGACCACCUGGAUCCAAGGGCGCCCCUGGAGAGCGGGGAAGCCUGGGACCCCCGGGGCCGCCGGGACUUGGGGGAGAGGCAGGGAUCAGCGGGCUCCCAGGUGGACUUGGCCUCCGGGGCCCCCCGGGGCCCACCGGCUACAAAGGGGGACGAGGAGAAGCGGGCAAAGAUGGCGAGAAGGGUGACCCUGGCCCCCCUGGGUCCCCCGGCAUCCCUGGCACAGUGGGGCUGCAGGGUCCCAUCGGGUUUCGAGGACCCCCCGGGAUCCCAGGAGCCCCCGGGAAAGCGGGUGACAGAGGCGAGAGGGGCCCAGAAGGGUUCCGUGGGCCCAAGGGCGACCUCGGCAGACCUGGUCCCAAAGGAGUCCCUGGAGGGGCCGGGCCUGUGGGAGAGCCGGGCAUGCCAGGCAAGGACGGCAGGGAUGGCGUGCCAGGACAGGACGGUGAGAAGGGAGAGGCUGGGCGCAAUGGUGCCCCAGGAGAGAAAGGUCCCAGCGGGCUGCCGGGUCUCCCCGGACGAGCAGGGUCCAAGGGUGAGAAGGGAGAACUGGUAGGUGGCUUCUUCCUCUUUCAGGGGGCUCUGGGCCCGCAAGGCCCUCCCGGGGCCCCUGGCAUCCGAGGCUUCCAGGGCUGGAAGGGUAGCCUGGGGGACCCUGGCCUGCCAGGCCCCCAGGGCCUCCGCGGCAGCGUGGGCGACCGGGGCCCGGGAGGAGCCACAGGCCCCAAGGGAGAUGAGGGCAUCGCUGGCUCUGAUGGUCUUCCCGGGGACAAAGGUGAACUGGGAGCCAGCGGCCCCGUCGGACCCAAAGGCGAGCCUGGCAGUCGGGGGGAGCUGGGCCCAAAAGGCAUCCAGGGUCCCAACGGCACCAGCGGCGUAGAGGGGGUCCCGGGUCCCCCUGGGCCCGUGGGCCUCCAGGGCGUGCAAGGUGUGCCUGGCAUCACCGGGAAGCCCGGCGUCCCGGGGAAAGAAGCCAGUGAGCAGCGCAUCCGGGAGCUGUGCGGGGGCAUGGUCAGCGAGCAAAUUGCACAGUUAGCUGCUCACCUGCGGAAGCCGUUAGCACCAGGACCCAUCGGUCGGCCCGGCCCGGCAGGCCCCCCGGGGCCCCCGGGGCCUCCAGGCUCCAUUGGUCACCCUGGUGGUCGGGGGCCCCCUGGAUAUCGUGGUCCCACCGGAGAGCUGGGCGACCCCGGACCCAGAGGAAGCCAGGGGGACCGAGGAGACAAAGGCGCAGCCGGCGUGGGUCUGGACGGGCCCGACGGAGACCAGGGGCUCCAAGGACCCCCAGGUGUGCCUGGUGUGGGCAAAGAUGGCCAAGAUGGCGCCCACGGUGAGCCCGGGCUGCCCGGAGACGCUGGCCUUCCCGGUGCUGUUGGUGCUCAGGGGACCCCCGGCAUCUGCGACACCUCGGCUUGCCAAGGAGCUGUGAUGGGCGGCGGCGGCGAAAAGUCAGGUCCUAGAAGCUCCUAAAACACAACCUAGGAAGUGAGCGUGACACCAUUGAAGCAGUGGGCUCUGGAGGGACACCGGGGUCAGCAGUGUCCAUUACUAAGGAGAGAGCAACACACCGUGCGGGACGCCCAGCGAGGCCCUGCAUCCUCGGUGGUGGCGCCUGGACUCCUGGUUCCCACGAGCAUGCUCCAGCUGCCAAGACGUCCUCUCUUGUGGGUGUACAGCGGCCCAUGUGGCUGCAGCGUCGGACCUUGGACACAAGCCCUGUGUGGUACCAGCAGGAGGGACAGGGAGUGCAGUGUGUUCAAGCCCACGAGAAAAUUCAGCAACUUGUUUACAUGGCAUUUGUGUACACGAAGAUAUAAUCCCAAUAAAAUGAUAAAUUCAAAUUCAUGACUGACCAGUGUAACCAAAAAUAAAGGAUUUCACAUACAGUACCCUCCAUACCAAGGUCUCGACUGACCUACCUGCUUCUUUUGUGUAAAACUGUUAACUGUCUCUGACCAACAGUAUUUAUUGACAGUGACUUUGUAUUGCACUAAGCUUGUUGUCAUAAAUAAAGCCACUCGUUUGAAAAACUCA